CACAAAAUGUAUGUCCAAUAAGAACUAGAAAACGUUCAUAGCCGGAAUCACCAGCUCGGUUUGAUUUGGUUAUUAAAUCCGGUUUAUGAUAGGUCCGAGUGGCGACGCUGGAGUGAGGGCAUGGAUUCAAGCCGGACUUCCAGCAACGCAAUUAGUCUUGGGAUUUCCUUACUACGGCUACGCAUGGCGUCUCUCAAACGCCAACAGUCCUAGCUAUUACGCAGCCACCACUGGAUCGGCAAUUUCACCGGACGGUUCGAUAGGAUACGGUCAGAUAAGAAAGUUUAUAGUGGAUAACGGAGCAACAACGGUUUAUAAUUCCACAGUGGUCGGAGAUUACUGUUAUGCUGGGACGACUUGGAUAGGGUAUGAUGAUAAUCAGAGUAUCGUGACGAAAGUGAGAUACGCUAAGCAGAAAGGUCUGCGUGGUUACUUCUCGCGGCAUGUUGGAGCUGACGAUAACUCUGGUCUAUCUCGUUCAGCGUCACGGGCAUGGGAUGCUACGGUGGCCACCACGGCUAUCCGAAGGAAGUUUUAAAGUUUCAGCUGUUCCGACAACGGCUAGUGAAGAUGUUUGUUUUUGUAACAUACAAAAGAUUAACGUUAUCUGCUUUAUAUCUUCAUAUCAUGUCUAGGGAGGGAAAGAUAAAAGGCAAGAAACAUAAGUUUGUUAAUUAGUUUCAUAAUGCUUCUAAAAUAAAAUUAACUAGGUAAUA